CUGAGUAAAAAACAGGAAUUGAAAGUAGAGAGAAGAGGAAACACAAAUUGAAAUUUCUCAGUGACCAGUCGAGUUGAUUGAUAUUGUUUGGAAGACAUGGAUUCUCAGAGACCAGGAGGAGCACCUCGACCUCCUCAAGGAGGUGGUGCCGAUGCUGGAGAUGCAUCUUUCAUUCUCACUGUUCUAAUUGCUCUCGUCGCAAUCGCUGCUCUGAUAUUGAUUCCAGCAUCAUUGUCAGCAUCAAACAGCACUUUCUCCAGUUUACAUCAAGUCCCGGAAGGUCAUGUUGGUGUGUACUGGAGAGGGGGUGCCCUUCUCAAAACAAUUACAGAUCCAGGUUUUCAUGUAAAGAUGCCAUUGAUAACUCAGUUUGAGCCCAUCCAGGUGACGCUGCAGACAGAUCAGGUCAAGGAUAUACCCUGUGGUACAAAAGGUGGUGUGAUGAUCCACUUUGAAAAGAUCGAGGUUGUCAAUCGUCUCCGUAAGGACUAUGUGUACGAGACUCUGCUCAACUACGGAGUACAGUAUGACAAAACAUGGAUUUAUGAUAAGAUACACCACGAGAUCAAUCAGUUCUGCAGUGCCCAAUCCCUUCAGCAAGUUUACAUUGACAAGUUUGAUCAGAUUGAUGAAAGAAUGAAAGAAGCUCUGCAGGGUGACUGCACACAGUAUGCCCCAGGCAUUGAAAUUCUAAGUGUGCGUGUCACUAAACCCACUAUCCCACAGUCUAUUAGGCGCAACUUUGAGCAAAUGGAGGAGGAGCACACCAAGGUCUUAAUUGCUGUUGAAAAACAAAAGGUAGCUGAAAAAGAAGCGGAGACACAGAAAAAGAUCGCCUUAGCAGACGCCGAGAAGAAUUCGCAGGUUAGCAAGAUCCGCAUGGAACAGAUGUUGACUGAGAAAACUAGUGCCAUGAAGCAAGAGGAGAUUGACAAUCAUAUGUACCUGGCCCGUGAGAAAAGCUUAGCUGAUGCUGACUACUAUAAAGUGAUUAAAGAAGCCGAAGCAAACAAAUUGAAGCUGACACCCGAGUUCCUUGAACUCAAGUUUAUUCAAGCCAUUGCCAACAAUUCUAAGAUCUUUUUCGGAGACAAGGUACCCAAUAUGAUAUUGGAUCAAAGACUUCUGGGGAAUUUCUUAAACAACCCUGCGAAUAGACAGAUGGCAGACAUCUAGGCUGUGUUUUCUAGAUUGUUGUUAUAGGAAAGCUGAAUGAUACAAGGAAAAGAAUUUCAGGGAGAAAUGGAUAUUUUUGAGAUGUGUAUAGGCCAAAAUAUUUAAUCUUUUUUAACCUUUAACCAAACCCAACUAAUCAUUUUAGCAGUUUGCAUGUGCUGUAAAAGUUUCAAAUUUCUGUCAAAACUAUCUAACAAUUUGGGUUAUGAAGUUCACUUUGGAAUUUCUUGCCACGUGAUCUCUUUUCCACUGCA